GAAUGCAGACUAACAGAGGUUGAAGUCUGAGGAAAAACUGAUCCACGGCUACCAGCCAUGGGGCUGGAUUACUAUGCUGUGCUCCAGGUCACUCGAAACUCAGAGGAUGCCCAGAUCAAGAAGGCGUACCGGAAACUCGCCCUGAAGAACCACCCGUUGAAGUCAAACGAGCCGUCUGCACCGGAGACGUUCAAGCAGAUAGCAGAAGCUUACGAUGUACUGAGCGACCCUGUGAAGAGAGGCAUCUACGACAAGUUUGGCGAGGAAGGCCUGAAGGGCGGGAUCCCUCUGGAAUUUGGAUCCCAGACUCCAUGGACAACGGGCUAUGUCUUCCAUGGCAACCCUGAAAAAGUGUUCAACGAGUUUUUUGGGGGAGACAACCCCUUCAGUGAAACCAAUAACUUCCUAGAAACUGAAAUCUGGGUCUCUAACGGUCUAGACAGCCACAGUCGGAGGACAUGCCUUGUCUUCAAGAGCCAUAAGCUCUCAGAUCCAGUGGCAGUGCUAAACGAUGACAAGUAUUCCUCCACCAUCAAAGACAAGAUCCUGACAAUCGACGUGAGGCCUGGGUGGAGGCAGGGCACACGUAUCACCUUUGAAAAAGAAGGGGACCAGGGCCCCAACAUUAUCCCCGCUGAUAUCAUCUUCAUCGUAAAGGAGAAGCUGCACCCUCGCUUCCGCAGAGAGCUCGACAACCUCUUCUUCGUGUACCCCAUUCCUUUGGGCAAGGCUCUCACCUGCUGCACCGUGGAGGUGAAGACCCUAGAUGACCGUCUGCUCAACAUCCCCAUCAACGACAUCGUCCACCCUAAGUACUUCAAGGUGGUGCCGGGUGAGGGUAUGCCACUGCCUGAGGACCCUACCAAGAAGGGGGACCUCUACAUUUUCUUUGACAUCCAGUUCCCCACCCGCCUCACACCCCAGAAGAAGCAGAUGCUACGCCAGGCGUUGUUGACCUAAUUCUGGGGCACCUGGACAGGAGCAGGGGUGGAGCGGACUAGCUGGGCCUCAUCCACUCCCACUCACUCCACCCCGACAGCCUGUGAAGAUGAGGAAGCAUGAGACCUUAGGCCGGUACAAUAAAGAUUCCUCUCCUAUCC